AUGGAAAUAUCCAAAAUGAAUUCUAAAGAAAAUCUUAAAAGUUUAUGGAAGGAAUACAAUGAUGAUUAUCAGGAACAUGUCAUUACAAAUUCUACUAUAGAUUCAACUACUGAAUUAAUAGAAGAGUCAAAUAAAAAAGUAGUUUAUAUGAAUGACUUAGAAAAAAGAAAACAAGUAUAUGGAAUAUGUGGAGAAUGUAAUGAACCUGGCACAGGAAUAAAAUGGUGUCAACCUUGUAAUGCUAAAAGAUUUAAGGAUAACUUUAAAAAUUGGACUAGUGGAAAUAAAGAUAUCGAUGAAUUUAUACAACAAUCACAACUUAAUGCUGUGCACUAUAAAAAAUAUAUUGAAUGGAUACCUUUUGAAAAUUUUAAAGAUAUUACUUAUAUUACCAAAGGUGGAUUUGGUAAAAUUUAUUCUGCUAAAUGGCCUGAAGGAUAUAUUGAUUCUUGGGAUAUUGAAAAUCAAAAAUGGAAAAAGUAUGGUAAGAAUAUAAAAUUUGCAUUAAAAAGUUUGGAUAAUUCUUCUUGUUUAAGUACAGAAUUUUUAAAUGAGAUUAAAUCUCAUCUUCAGAUUUAUCUUUAUGAUGUUAUUCAAUGUUAUGGAAUAACUCAAGAUCCAAAUACCAAAGAUUAUAUGAUGGUUUUAAAAUAUUGUGAUGAUGGAAAUUUGAGAAAUUACUAUCUCAAUAAUGAAUCAAAUUAUUAUUCAAAAAUUUAUGAAUUCAGACAAAUUGCAAGAGGACUUCUAGAUAUUCAUAAUGCUGGAAAAAUUCAUAAAGAUUUUCAUUCAGGCAAUAUAUUAUGUCAUGAGUAUCCAUAUAUAAGUGAUUUAGGAAUGUGUCAACCAGCAAAUAGUGAAAAGCAAUCAGCUAAACAAGAAGGAAUUUAUGGAGUAUUACCCUAUAUGGCACCAGAAGUUUUACGUGGAUAUCAAUAUACAAAAGCAUCUGAUAUUUAUUCAUUUGGAAUAAUGAUGAAUGAAUAUAUAUCUGAAGAAACUCCUUAUAAUAAUAUUCCUCAUGAUUAUGCUUUAUCUAUUAAAAUAUGUAAAGGACUUAGACCAAAUAUUUUUAAAUAUACACCAAAAUUACUUGCAGAUUUGAUUAAUAAAUGUUGGGAUGCUAAAGCAGAAAAUAGACCAACUGCUAAGGAAUUGUAUCAAAAAUUAAAUGAACGGUAUAAUGAUAUGAAUAAAGAUAGUGAAUCUCAAGUAGAUGAAUAUGAUGAUAAAAUCAAAUUAAACAGAACAAGUGAAAAAAGAUCUAGUAGCAUUCAAACACAUCCACAAGCAAUAUAUACUAGUAGACUUCUAAAUUUCAAAAAUCUUCCAGAACCAGUAAAUUCAGUUACAGAAGGUUUUGAUUGUCAAUUAGAUGAAUCAGAUCUUAAUGAAAUGAAUCAAGAUGAUGAAAAUAAUAUUGAAUGAAGUUUUAUUUUCAAAUUAGUUUAACUACAUCAGGAAAUUUUUUAUAUGUAAAAAAUAUGCAAUAUUUUGUGCAUGAAAAAAUUGAUUUGCACACCCUGAAAAUG